AUGUCGAAAGCAUUCUUUCUAGUUGUACUUGUUGGGCUGGUGGCUGCUGCUGCAGCGGAUUUUGCUGCAGAACCUCCUCACUUCCGGCAGAGGCCACACCACGAGCACAUGUCGCCUGAGGGAGCUCCAACGCCCCACAGGCCCUUCCAUGGGCACAAGCCACGCCAUGAUCAGGAGCAUGGCACUGGCCCCGUGCCCGGCCCAUUUGCCCACCCUCCUUGGAUGGCUGGAGCACCAGACCACAUGCCUCACCGCGGCCACCACUUUCCCGGGGGUGCACACCCUCCGAUGAUGGGGCACAGCAACGGGCCCCAUGGGAAGGUGAUGCCACCAGCUCACGCCCCACACAUGCAUCCGCGUCACCACCUGCCACAUCAUGAGCCUCUGGCACCGGCCUAUUAG